UUGCUUGUAGGCGCACCUGUCGGAUAUCCGGCUGGUUAUCCAUACCAUCCUGGACAUGCUGGUGUUCCUCCUGGUCAUCCGGGUGCUCAACAACAAGCUCCGCAAUUUGCGCCAGCACCACAUCCUGCUUCUCAUCCUUCUCAUCCGCAGCACCAGCAGUAUCUACAACAGCAACAGAUGUGGCAUCAACGAGGCGGCUAUCCAGGACAAAUUCCUCCACAACCCUCUAGGUAUGGGUAUCCACCAAGAAUGCCACCACCACAAAGUACAACUAGUCAUCAGAGUGCGGCCUCUCCUGGAGCAAGCAAGAUGAGGUAUCCUGCUCAAGUGGCCCAACCCCAGCCGGCAGUGACUCCGCAGCCACAACCACAAGCAUACGCAGCUAGGGCUCAGAUGGGCUCUUAUCCGCCCGUCCCGUCUCAGGCUCCAGCCCCAACUCCAUUACGUAGAAGCGACGGUGAUCAGUCAAAAGAGGAGACGUAA